ACAACUUGAAGAGGAAUGGUGCUGCUUUCAUCAUCAAAAAGAACAUUUCAAGCCUCUCGGCUUUCGGCUGGGAGGAGGCCUCGGUGCAACUUUCUUUGGUCGUUCCGCAUCUGGGUUCAUCCGACACCAGGUGCCUCCGCCUUGCCGCCAAAGUUUGACCCCAACGAGAUCAAAGUCGUGUACCUGAGGUGCACUGGUGGGGAAGUUGGUGCCACGUGUGCUCUAGCCCCCAAGAUCGGCCACCUGGGUCUGUCUCCAAAAAAGGUUGGUGAUGACAUUGCCAAGGCAACUGGUGACUGGAAGGGACUGAGGAUUACGGUGAAACUGACCAUUCAGAACAGACAGGCUCAGAUUGAAGUGGUGCCCUCUGCCUCUGCCCUGAUCAUCAAAGGCCUGAAGGAACCACCCAGAGACAGAAAGAAGCAGAAAAACAUUAAGCACAGUGGAAAUAUCACUUUUGAUGAGAUUGUCGGCAUUGCCCCUCAGAUGCAACACAGAUCUUUAGCCAGAGAGCUCUCUGGAACUAUCAAAGAGAUCCUGGGGACUGCUCAGUCUGUGGGCUGCAGUGUUGUUGGCCACCACCCUCAUGACAUCAUAGAUGACAUCAACAGUGGUGCUGUGGAAUGCCCGACUAGCUAACAACUACAAAAGGAGAUAUUUCAAUAAAGGAUGAUUUGAUAGCCAAAAAAAAAAGAA